GCCUCUUCCCUCUCCCUCAUUUCGCGCUGACGACCAUUGCAGGUGCCGAUAGUUGCACUACGCCCACAUCGCCAACGAUAAACGGGCCCACAACACGCGAGCAGCCGUUGACCGUCUACAGGUCGCAACACCGCGACCAUGGCCGCCCCGCACAGCAACGGCCGGGCCAAAAAGGGCUCAAAACCCAAAGCCAAUGGAUAUCUAAACGGCUCAGCCAACGUUGGUUCAACGAACGGCCAGCCCAACGGGCUCGCCAGCAAGUCGCAAUCUUCGAGUGUUACUGUGCGCCAAAGGAAACAAAGAAGAUCGUUUACAGGGGCCAUCACAAGCAUCGUGCUGAGGCUAUCGAUAUGGUACUUCAUCCUUACUGCAGCCUUUAGGUGUCCGUCCUCUAUGACACAGCUCAAUGACGAUUCUCCCCGCGUCUGCGCUCCAUACCUGCAGGCCCGGGCCUACGCAACGCCUUACUUGGAGCCUUAUUAUCAGACCUACCUUGCUCCUCACGUCGAGAAAGUCAAGCCAUAUGCCGAUCGCUUCGGACGCCAGGUCUACACACCCGCCGCCAGCUUUACGAAGAAGCAGUAUGCUACGUACGGAGCGCACAGAGUUGAGCUGGCACAGAAGCAGGCCGCAGCAAACUGGGACACGACUGUCCGCCCGCACCUCCUGACUGCCCAGAACGCAGCCCAGGCACAGUACGAUGCUUACCUUGGACCUCAUGUUCAGAAGGCUUCUGAGGCCGCCAGCCCCUACUAUGAUCAGAUCAAGGACGGCUCGAACACUGUCUACCACAAGUCGCUCCUCCCUGCAUACGAAGCAUCUCUGCCGUACUUGCACAAAGCUCGUGUUCAAGGCCGUCAUGUCGUUGUCGAUGUCGUCUUCCCUCACGUCCGCUCUGCCAAGGACGUCACCUGGGCAUUCCUGAUCCGCAAUGUGUGGCCCCAGCUCCGUGUCCUCUACGGCGAUAACGUUGAACCACAGCUGGUUCGUAUUUCCGAACGCCUCGGUCGCUACCGCGACCAGAAGAAAGUUGAAUCUGUCUUCGAUGCUGUCAACCCUGAGACAUCUACUGUUGCGACCGACGCUUCCAAGGUUGUUCCUACUGUCGCUGCAUCGAGCUCCAGCUCCAUCGCUUCUGUCGCCUCGGCAUCUAUCAACUCUGCCACUGAAGCGGCUUCGAGUGUAGUCAACAGCAUUCUAGGUGACUCGUCUAGUUCCUCUCUUGUAGCUCAGCCUGAGGCAUCGAUUGACCCCAAGGAUUCUGGUCUUUCGUCUGAAGAGCUCAAGGAAAAGCUCAAUGAGGAUCUCCGACAGUGGCAGAGCAAAUUCGCUGCAGCAGCGGACAAAGGUGCCGAAGACCUGGAGCAACGUGUUACUGAGAUCACCGACCGCCAGGUUGAGAAUGGCGUUAACGGGCAAGGCAAAGCCUUGAUCGUCAAGCUCGAAGAAAGUGCGGAUACGACCAUCGCUAGCUUGAAGAGCUUUGUCAAGCGCACCGUCAAGUCUCUGCCCGAGGAUGCUAGUGAGAAGGACCUUGAAGCAGCACACGAGCAGUGCAGCGCCAAGGCCCGUGAGCUUGGACAGGCUGUCAAGCAGAAGGCCCAAGAUAUCCGCGAGUGGAAGGCUUCCUAUGAUACGGAGACUGAUACCCUUGUGCAGGCUGCUGUCAGGAGUACUGUUGAGGUUCUGGAGAGAGUUCACGGCCUUGGACUUCAGGAGGUGGGAAUGCGAUGGGCAUGGACUGACGGCGUCACCUACAAAGACUGGCAGAAAUACCACAAGCUGAAGUCGACUCUUACGGAAUGGCAAGCCGAAGUUGAGUCUGUGGGCUCCAGGCACGAGGGCCUCCGCAUCGCUCACGAAGAAGCCAAGCGUCUUGAAGAUGAGGCCAUGGCCAUUGCCUCAAAGAACGUCAACGAGCUAGUUCGCCUCAAGGAUGUCGCCAAGUGGAAGCUGUGGGCCGAUGAUGCCACCGAUGAUUUCACAGAUAACACGGUACCUCCUCGUGUGCGCAAAGCAGCCCAACAAGUUGCGGAUAGUGUGGAGAGCGCCUCGUCCAAGGCCUCGGAAGCGAUCGUCGGCUCUGAGACUCCAGUCAGCGAGAGUGUUGCAUCUUCAAUCAAGAGUGCAGUGUCCGAUGCUUCUUCGAAGAUGUCAGAGGCUUCGUCGAAAGCUUACGAGUCUGUUGCCGGCUCGGAGACUCCUUCAGCGCAGAGCGUGGUGUCAGAGGCAUCAUCGAAGGCUUCUGAAGUGGUCGUUGGCGGUGCAUCGAGCGCUAGUAGCGGUGUCAGCAUGGCAGUUAGCAGUGCAUCCAGUGCUGCUUCAGAGGCCAAGGACGCUGUAGUUGAUAAGGUCUCCGCUGCUGCAGAGUCACCCAAAAAGGUUUGGGGCGGCGUCGCUGCUCAAGUCCUUGUUGAGGCCCGUGAGCCUGUUUUUGACGACGUCAUUGACGACGAUGAGGACGAAAACUACUCUGCUAAGCUUCAGAGUAUCGUUGCCGACGCUGGUGACCGUGCGGCUGAACUGACCAGAGCUGUCAGCGAAGCUCUGCUGGGUGCUACCAAAACACAAGGAAGUGUCGAGUCUGCUACAUCUCUUGCAAGUGAACAGUACGCCAAAGCCAUCGCCGCCGCUUCAGCGGCGUUAUAUGGCACACAGCAGCAGUCCCUGGAGAGUGCUACUAGUGUGGCUUCCGUGAAGUUUGCUGAUGCUGUCACCGCUGCAUCAUACGCUAUUUAUGGCACUCCAACUCCUACUGCUGUCAUCAAGACCGUGCAGAUUGAAGUCAGUUCACGCUACAGCAACGCCGUCAGCCUUGCCAGCGAACAACUUGAGAACGCCAAGUCCCAGCUCUCAACUCUUGCUUCUGGAACGCAGCAACCCGCUUACCAGACACUACUGUCUGGUUUCGAGAAGGCAUAUUCCGACUCUGUUGCUGCGGCUAGCCAGCAAGUACAGGCUGCUCUCCAGUAUACCGAGUCAGCGAAAAGCUACGUUGCAGGCCCAACUCAAGGCUACUUUGAGUCAGUCUCAUCUAUUGCAUCGUCACGGUUGUCUGAAGGCCUCAGCCAAGCUUCGGCUCAGUUAUCUUCGCAGCCCACCUCCGGCGUUGACAGUGCACGCCGUCAGUACUACGAGGCUAUCGGACUCGCUCACGGUCGGUACUCUGAGUUCCUGGAUGCCGCCUCUAGCGCUGUUUAUGGCCCUCAACAAGGUACCGUAGAGUCUCUUGCCUCUGUCGCAUCUGCAUCAGCAAGCUCUUUCGCUUCAGUCGCAUCGGUAUCAGCAGCUUCUGUCGUAUCUGAUGUUUCAGAUACCGCGAACUCCGCAGCUGCAAACGCCCAGUCCAUAGCAUCGAAUGCACAGGCCGCUGCCGAAUCUCUGGCGUCUGCAGCCAGCUCAAGCGUCAUUGGCUCUGAGACACCAUGGACGGAAUCUAUCGCCUCUCAAGCCAGCGAAAACUGGGAAGCCUUGAUUGCCAAGGCCAGCACUCAGGUCUACGGUCAGCCCACCCCUUGGGCCGAAUCCGUCUACUCUCAGGCUGGUGUGUAUGGCGCACAAGCUACUUCAAGGGCUGUUGAACAAUACGCUGGCAUUCAAGCUCUGAUUUCUGAGCUAGUGGUCGGUAAGGAGCCUGACUUUACUGAAAGCGUUAUGAGCCGCUUCGCAUCAGCAUACUCCACUGGUCUGCCGGCUGUCGUUGCCUCCGCUGAGUCGUAUGUGAAUGAGCAGUACGAUUCCGCAAGUUCGUACGCUGGCGAAAGCUUUGAGGCUGCAACCGAAUAUGCUGCCGACGCCUAUGCCUCCGCUUCCUCAGUCGUCAGCUCUAUCUUUACCCCACCGGCUGCUGUUGAGACCAUUCUUAGCCAAGCCAGCGCACAAAUCGAUCAAGCUGUCGAGAGUGCGUCGAUCGCCGUUUAUGGAACCCCCAAGGGUGCUGCUGAGCAGGCUAGCGAGUCUGUCGCCAGUGCGUACGCCUCUAUCCAGUCUCAAGUUAGCGAGGCUAUCUAUGGCACUCAGCAGGCCCAAGAUAGCUUUACUGCCGCCGCCGUCAGCGCUCAGGCCGCGAUCAGUGCAGCAAUCUUUGGAACGCCAACUGCUACUGGGUACGCCGCUUCGGUUACCAGCGGUGCCUCUGAUACAUACGGCUCUGUGGUCAGCGGCGCCGGAGAGGUAUACAGUUCAGUCGCAAGCAACGCUGGAGAGGCAUAUGAGUCGGUUGCCUCAGUCGCCAGUGAGAACGCUGACUAUGCCUACUCCAAGAUCAGCUCCGCUGUUUACGGGCCCGAGCAAGGUGCCAUGGAGAGCGCAAGCAGCAGGAUCGCACAAGCUGUUGAGGCCGCCAACUCGCGUAUCAGUGAGAUGUAUGCCAGUGCAUCUAGCACUGCUGUUGAAGCAGCUAGCAGCGCGUCAAGCGUAGCCACAGAGGCCACACAAAGGGUCAAGGAUGAGUUGUAGACGACUGCAACACUCCUUUGCCACCACAAGAACAUGCAAUAGUUACGGGGCCUGGACCUUUAGGCAUCCACCCUCUCACCAUCUCACCUACGCAACCUUUACUCUUACGGUCUCAGGAAUUGCGCUCUCCUCCUGUCACGAAUAUCGACCACGACUUCACACUCUUUACGCUGUACAAGUACUUUUCUCUGAUCUUCACAUCGCUCUAUUCCCCACUCGUCGGUUCCAGUUGGGCUGGGCUUACAUCGGUUCGACAUGAGAUAUGGAAGUGGGAUGAGGUAAUGCCUUUGUACGCAGCCAUGAUAUGAUUAGUUCUUCCGCUAUAUGCUUGCGAUUCUUCUUAGCGCUUCUAGCGAUCUGGAAAUGAAUAUACCCCUUCUACAUCG